CAUCAUAAGACUGAUUUAGUUUCAACUUUACCCUUCAACGCAUUUUGUUUGUUCUUAUUCCAUUUCUGCCUGCGCCUUAAUAUGACCGGGAAUCGUUAAAAUAUGUAGUCAUCGUAACGGAACCCGCUACUCAAGGUAGCGUGUCUAAGGCCCAAAAAACUGAUACUGGCCCACUUUAAUUACUUUGGGCCGAACAUUUUGUGCCUUCUAAAGUCUUUGUUCGUGCACACGUGUCCAACAUCGGUGUCUCUGAAGUGCUACGUGGAGGGACCUUGAUCGACCAUAAUUUAGCCCUCCCGCCAGGGACCCAAAAUCAAAAAAGAGGAACCAAAAAAAAAAAAAAAAAAUUUAUUUCCCUCUUUCUCAAAAACUGUAGUUUAUGAAUAAUUUUCACUUCCAGUCCAGUCUUCCGCGACAAGUUUUAGCAGAAAACAGUGAAUCUCAGUGUGUUUUUAGAUUGGCCUCUGAAUAAACCUCCAUUUCCUUCAAGUUUAGUAUUCACAGUUGGAUUCGAUGAUGGAAACCAGUCCUCCACUCAGAACGUUUCAAGGCGUCCGUUUCGUCCUCUUUGGAUUCGACCCCAUUAAUGAAGAGAAGGUUCGAUAUAAGCUAGUAGAUUGCGAUGGAGUCGAUGCCGGUCAGUAUAGCCAAAAUUGCACUCACCUUAUCGUCGACAAGAUUGUUUAUGACGAUCCUAUAUGCGUUGCUGCUCGAAAAGACGGUAAAACGGUUGUGACGGGUUUAUGGGUUGAUCAUAGUUAUGAUAUUGGAAUGCCCGUCGAUGCCACUUCGGUAUUGUACAGACCACUUAAAGAUUUGAAUGGUAUUCCGGGAGCGAAAAAUUUAAUUAUCUGCUUGACUGGAUACCAACGACAAGACAGAGAUGACAUUAUGACUAUGGUUGCCUUGAUGGGUGCACAGUUUUCUAAACCAUUGGUUGCAAACAAAGUCACUCAUCUCAUAUGCUACAAAUUUGAUGGAGAAAAGUAUGAGCUUGCCAAAAAAUUAACAAAAAUAAAGCUUGUCAAUCAUCGAUGGUUGGAAGAUUGCUUGAGGGUUUGGGAGAUUCUUCCAGAGGCUAAUUAUAACAAGAGUGGCUAUGAGUUGGAGAUGAUGGAAGCUGAGGCAAAGGAUUCUGAAGAUGAGGCAGAAGAUACCUCUAUGAAGCAAUCUGGGUUGGAAUAUAUGCAGAAGAGCCCUUGUAUUGUGAGAACUAGUGUGCUAGAAGCUGAUAAAUUGCCCAAAUUGGAAGGGUUGGCAUCAAAUGUUAAGCCAGUUCCAACCGUGCCCAAUGUUCCUUUGAAUGAUGACAAUGCUAAGGACAAGCUCUCAGUUCCGGUGUUGGAGAAUAUAUUUGACCAAGCCUCAAACAUUAAUAAUGUCAACAUUCCUAAGACUCUUAGCUGUCAGGAUGCUGGUGGAGUAGAGGUUGCUAUGUCUGGUGAGCUACCUGAUCUGCAUUACAGAACUCCAGAUGGUAAGAAUGUGAGGAAUGAUUUGACAUGUAAUUUUGGAAAGGCUGAGAGGUCGCCCCCUCAUUCUGAUGGAAAGUUCAGUGCUAAAAGUUACUCAAGGAACAUGCCAAGGAGAUUGGAAGAAAUGUUGACUAAUGGAAGUGGCUUUUCAAAAGUACCUUUAGUUGGAAACAAAGUUAGUGAUGAACUUUGCUCUUCUUCCUUCACUAUGGAAGAAGCAAAAGACAGAACUGGCUUUAAUUGUGUUGAAGCUCCUCAAAAAGAGAUUAGCACAGAUCAUGGAGAAGAGUCGUGUGGUAUUUUGCCUCAAAAGAGAAUGAUGGAUGCUUCUUAUUCUAGCUCUAAAACACAUAAAAUAAGUUAUGAAGCAAAAUCAUGGCUUACAAGUCCAUCAGCAAGUGACAGAACUCUAGGAGUACAACAAACUUCUUUUGCUGAUAAUUUACGUGGGACAAUUAAUAGUCAUUUCCAACUCAGCAAUAGUAGACGUUCUCCUGAUGCUGCUGCUAAUCUAAUUAUUGCAGAGAGCUCAAGCGCUGGUGGUGAAAUUAAGAAGGCAUCUAGUUUUGCCAAGUUGUCAUCAUGUGAUCUGCCACUCUCCAAAAGCAUGUCCUCAAAGUCUGAGAAAGAUAGUAAGACACCUUCUUCUUGCCAGGGAUUUAAAAUGACGAGCUUUUCGAAUGUGCCUGAUGUUAUUAUGGGGAAAGCUACAAAUAUGGUUGGUGAGAUGGGGGGGCCACAUAAUCCUCAGCAAGUUGUUGAGGGUUUAGUUCCAGGUAACAAAGAUGCAGAGACAGAGAAUUCCAGUGGCCCUUCUGAUUUCAAUCUGAUAGGAAAUAGAAACAUAGUUACAAAACCACAAAGAAAGAAGUCCAUUGCCAAGAGGACUUUGGGUUCCAGACCUAAGUUAGUUUCUUCUAGAAACCAAAAAUGUUCUAUUUACUCAAAUAAGAGUAUACCACAAAAUGAUGCUGCAAUUUGUUCAACGGUAGACAAGAAUGAGAAAUCCCCUUGUGCGAAGAAGCUUAAUGUAUCUUCUCCAACUGAAAACGGUGAAGCACUAAAAGAUUUUGUGAAAAAAGAUCCUAUUGCUUCUGGAGGUAACAUUUAUGAAACAGAAUUUAUGGAUGAUGAUGAAACUGAGGCUCCUGAGGAAAGAGUUGAAGUGUUGGAGAAAAUAUUUGGUGAAGAAACGGCUAUUGCGAAUCAGUUAACCAAUAAUACUGACACACCGAUGGAAGAGAAAUUUGAAGGGUUGCAGUAUAUGUCAAGUGAUCGGAAAGCUAAUACUCAUGAUGAUACAAUGGCUUUAAAAGAAGACAGGAAAGCCGCCAAACCAGAUGAUGGAGUUGGUGGCAAGAUUUCCACCCCGGUUGACUCAAACUCUAUAGGAUAUAAUGCUAAAAAGAAAAAGAAUACAGAAAAAGGUUCUGCUGUAGGUAAAACCAAGAUGAAGAAAGUUCCUAAUGUCGUGGAGUUGAAAUAUAUGGAAUGCACUGCUGGGGAAGAGACUCGAAAUGAGAAAAAUGAGGCCACAGAGAUGGAAACGGAAAAUAGAGUAAGUUCUCCUGCUGGCAAGCCUAAGAGCCCUACUGCACCCAAAAAUAAGUCAGACAACUCUAUUGAAAUGGAGAAGGAGAACAAACCUAUUGUUAAUGAAAAGCAAAGAGGAUCUGAAACUAAAAAGCAUGUAGAACAAUUAGGUGGUAAAUCUGAUAUGCUACCAACGAAGACUAAUCAAAAUUCCGCAAAGCUCCUUCCUGAUUCUUCAAGACAUGUGGGUGAUGUCCAAAUGAGAAUUAAAUCCGAACCUUCAUGGUUUAUUUUGAGCGGGCAUAAAUUCCAAAGGAAGGAGUUUCAGCAAGUUAUUAGGCGUUUGAAAGGAAAAUGCUGCCGAGAUUCUCAUCAGUGGUCUUACCAGGCGACACACUUCAUAGCUCCAGAUCCAAUCCGCAGGACAGAAAAGUUUUUUGCUGCCGCAGCAUCUGGAAGGUGGAUACUUAAGACUGAUUAUUUAGCAGCUAGUAGUCAAGAAGGAAGAUUCUUGGCGGAGAAGCCUUAUGAAUGGUAUAAAAAUGGGCUUAGUGAAGAUGGUGCAAUCAAUAUGGAGGCCCCUAGGAAGUGGCGGCUCCUAAGGGAGAGAACAGGUCAUGGUGCUUUUUAUGGCAUGCGCAUUAUCAUAUACGGUGAAUGCAUAGCGCCACCUUUGGAUACUCUGAAACGUGUAGUGAAGGCUGGAGAUGGUACCAUUUUAGCAACUUCUCCACCCUACACUCGCUUCCUCGACUCUGGUGUUGACUUCGCCAUUGUCAGUCCAGGCAUGCCACGUGUUGAUAUGUGGGUUCAAGAGUUCUUAAAACAUGAGAUACCCUGUGUGGUAGCUGAUUACUUGGUGGAGUAUGUCUGCAAGUCUGGCUACUCCCUAGAGAGACACGUGCUAUACAAUACUCACGCUUGGGCAGAGAAGUCAUUUGCCAAGAUUCAGAGCAGGGCAGAAGAGGUUGUUGGGGACUUGAUACAACGGGAUAAGUGUGAUAGUAACGAGGAUUUACCCUGUAAGGUUUGUGGGUCCGGUGAUAGAGGAGACGUGAUGCUGAUAUGUGGUAAUGAAGAUGGUUCAUUGGGCUGUGGGACAGCUACUCAUAUUGAUUGCUGCGAUCCUCCAUUUCAAGAGGUUCCCGAGGAUGACUGGUUUUGUUCCCAGUGUAAAGAAAGUAAAAAAAGUAGAACCUCGACGAAAAGAAGGAAAAAGGGUACCUCUGCUCAUCGAUGAGAAAGCCAAUUGUUCAGCCUCCUUCCUCAAAAAAAAAAAAUAAAUAAAUAAAUAAAUAAACACUGUAUUCUCAAGAAUCCUGCAUUUAGUUUGUCUCGAAGUCAUCCCAGAUAACUGAAAUUUGUACCACUUUGGCGUUGUUUUUUGCACUUGUAUACAAAUUUGUGUAUAACACCAUGAUGUUUCUAUUC